AUGAAUGCCCUCCGGACUGCAUUUUUCUUUGCUCUAGGCCUCUGUAUUGCCCAGUCCUUAGACUACAAGGCACUCAACCAGUUCAGAAAUAUGAUCCUGUGUGUAAUGCCUGAUAGCUGGCCUGCUCUUGACUAUGCUGAUUAUGGCUGUUAUUGUGGAAUGGGGGGCUCUGGCACACCCAUGGAUGAUCUGGAUAGGUGCUGCCAGGUGCAUGACCAGUGUUACACUGAUGCUAUGCAGCACCCUGAAUGCUGGCCCAUCCUGGACAAUCCUUACACUGAGUUCUAUGACUAUAAUUGUGAUGACCAAAAUAAAAAGAUCACCUGUGGCAACAAUAACAAUGAAUGUGAGAUGUUCAUCUGUGGGUGUGACAGAAAGGCUGCUGAGUGUUUUGCAAGAUCUUCAUGGAAUCCUGAGCAUGAGCACCUUCCCAGUGACCAGUGUCAAUAAGACCUCUGCAAACAACUAUAUUGAACAAAGAAUUCAAUCUUUCAGAUAUGUCUAUCCUUUUAAAAGUGAUGUAACGCUCUUUCAGUGUAGAAAUAUUGUGAUGGUUAACAUGGGUAAUGUGAUUUAGUAUGGAGCAGCCUAUAACCAUCCAUAGCUUCCUACAUUCACUAAAUUGCCCAUCUUGGAUUGUAGUUGUGAUCCUGCAUUGUUUCCUCUGUUAUAUGACAUUUGCCGAAGUAUAAUCUUUAAAAAUUAUUGCCAAUAGAGAGCACUCUGCUCUACUUGUUUCCU